AUGCAAUUCUUGAAUGCAAUUACUGGCGAAUGCCCUUUUGGCUAUAAAAGCCAGGGACGGCCAACCAGCGAACAGCGACCGAAAAUGUACGCCGGGGAAAUGCAAAAGCGAAAGGACAGCAACUCGUUAAUAUUCGGAGUGAUGAAAGUUCAAGUUUUUCGCUGGCUCCCCCUGCUAUUUUUCCUGCUUGUCAGUACGGGGCCACGUGUCGCUGGCAGCUGGCGAAGCGAAAAUUCCCGGGAGGAUCCGGACUCGAAAACACGGUGGGGCAAUCAGUUGCCGGAUAUGCUAGUCGCUUACUAUCGCCACCACGGCGUUCACAGCCUGAUGCUGGUCGUUUGUCACACGGACAUUGCGGAUUCUCGCCUUUGGACGCUCUGGCAGCACUUCAACCUCAACGAUUUCUAUGUGCAGGUCAGUACGGCGACCUCGCUAAGGGACCUGCGACAUGUCGAUGUCCUGGAUGAGCAGAAGGACGCACCACCUCCGAAGAGUUUCCAUGCCAACAACUCCACCCACUGGGAGACCUCCUUUCUGCUCCCCAUGCUGCCUUACAAAAUGGGAAUCCUUCUGCUGGAAUUCAGCAGCGACUGUGCAUUAAAUCUACUUCGUUGGUCUGCAGCAUCGGAGCAUAAUUACUUCACCACCAAUCGGUUUUGGUUACUGCUUACUGAAAACUCCGAAGACAUCGAUCUGCUAGAGGACUCCGAAAUAUUUAUUCCUCCGGAUAGUGAAAUGAGGGUGUUAGUCUAUGAAAACGAGGGAAACUUCUCGUCGAGCUUGAUCGAUCUUUAUAAGGUGGCUGCUUGGAAACCUUUGAAGAGAACUUUGGUGGGGCAUAACAUUAGAAAAGCAAGACACAUAAUCCAUGCCCUGCAGCAUUUUGGAUCGGCCAUAACUUACAGACAAAAUCUGGAGGGGAUAGUAUUCAACUCGGCUAUAGUUAUUGCAUUUCCCGAUCUAUUCACAAAUAUUGAGGAUUUGUCACUGAGGCAUAUUGACACUAUAUCGAAGGUUAAUCAUCGACUGAUGCUCGAGCUGGCCAAUCGCUUAAAUAUGAGCUAUAAUACUUACCAAACCGUGAAUUAUGGAUGGCGACAACCAAAUGGCUCAUUUGAUGGCCUGAUGGGACGCUUUCAGCGCUAUGAGCUAGACUUUGCUCAGCUAGCGAUUUUCAUGAGAUUGGAUCGUAUUGCCUUAGUAGAUUUUGUGGCUGAGACUUAUCGUGUGAGAGCUGGGAUUAUGUUUCGGCAACCACCACUUUCGGCAGUGGCCAAUAUAUUUGCCAUGCCCUUUGAGAACGAUGUGUGGGUGUCAAUCUUAAUGCUCUUGAUCAUAACGACUGUAGUUCUGGUUCUGGAACUGCUAUUUUCCCCACAUACACAUGAUAUGGCCUACAUGGACACCCUGAAUUUUGUUUGGGGUGCAAUGUGCCAGCAGGGAUUCUAUGUGGAGGUGCGGAAUCGAUCAGCACGGAUCAUUGUGUUUACCACUUUUGUUGCAGCUCUUUUCCUGUUUACCUCGUUUUCGGCUAACAUUGUGGCUCUGCUGCAAAGUCCAUCGGAUGCCAUUCGAUCUUUGGCUGAUCUGGGCCAAUCCCCUCUAGAAAUUGGUGUUCAGGAUACGCAAUAUAAUAAAAUUUACUUCACUGAGUCAACAGAUCCCGUGACCAAGAAUCUCUACCACAAGAAGAUCGCCUCCAAGGGAGAUAAUGUUUAUAUACGGCCGAUAUUAGGAAUGGAAAGAAUGCGGACGGGAUUAUUUGCUUAUCAGGUCGAACUCCAGGCUGGCUACCAAAUCGUCAGCGACACCUUCAGUGAGCCAGAAAAGUGUGGCUUAAUGGAACUAGAGCCUUUCCAGUUGCCUAUGUUGGCCAUUCCAACAAGGAAAAACUUUCCUUACAAGGAACUUAUUCGAAGACAACUACGCUGGCAGCGAGAAGUAAGUUUGGUGAAUCGCGAGGAACGAAAGUGGAUCCCACAGAAGCCCAAGUGCGAGGGCGGAGUUGGUGGCUUCGUGUCGAUUGGCAUUACCGAGUGCCGCUACGCUUUGGGGAUCUUUGGCUGUGGAGCUGCCGCUAGCUUUGGCCUGUUCCUCUUAGAAUUCAUAUUUAAGCACUUCAAGCUGGUUUAUCGCAUAGCCAAGGCAUAUCGAGAGAUGCAGCGCUAG